GCAGGUUCCUGGGGCAGCCCUGGAGUCUCUCAUCCUUGAAUAGACACGGGCUACUCUGCUCCCCGCGCUCGGCACGCUCCUUGAGAUGUGGCGAGACGACUGUCAGCUGCCCUCCGGAGAGCGCACAAACGGGGCUGGGCAACACGGACAGGCCGCCCGGCAUUACCACGCCGGGCGGCGGGGGAAUGUGCUCCAGCUGCCUGCGGACGCAGUGGGAUCAAAAAGCCGGGAGACCAACCCUACCUGGGACGGCCCAAGGGGACUCUCAGGGGAAGAUGGGGUGGAUGGAGGUUCAGAGUAGUAAAGGGUCAAGGCGACUAGGAGGAGCAGCGGGAGAAAUAGGGGCCGGGAGCACGGAAGGGGUGCAGAAAGCCACAGAAAGGUAGGGAAAUGGAAAGGUGCCAGGCGGCGCAUCAGGUGCAGGCCACAGGGCUGGUUGGCUAGAACCUGGGACAAACCCUGGGCAUUUGGCAGCCUUCACAUUGAGAAACUUGGGGAGAUGAUUCUGUGGAGAUUGGAGUGAGGACGCAGAGCGCCUUUUAGACAGUAUUUUCUAGAAGUUUUGUUAAAGGGAGGAGAGUGUGAGGAUGCUGGAGAGGAAUGUGGAGUGAGAGUGAAGAGGGUUUUAAAGCUGAUAUGUGGUUAGAACGUAGGCUCAGGAUUCCAGAGUCCUAUCUUUGAGCCCUUGGGCAAGCCACUGACCCUCUUUGUGCCUCAGUUCCUUGUCUGUAAAUUGGGGGUGAAGAUGACAAUGCCUGCCUCACAGGGUUCAGGUGAAGACUAGAUGAGAUGGUGUCUGUAAUAGCACUUAACACAGUGCUGAGAAGUACCUAUUACUUUUCACUUUUAAUUAUUAGAGCAGCUUGGGCAUAUUCUGAUGCUGAUAGGAAGGAGCUGGGAGGCAUUGAAGACAGAGGGCAGAGAAAAGGGAGCAGAAAGAAAGGGACCCAGAACUUGGAUGGAGAGAUAAGUGCCUUUCAGUGCCAAACCAAGGAAAAGAGGGAACAGGUGGGGAUGCAGGGAAGUUUGCAGAUUUGGGGGAUGCAGUUAAGGGAGUGGCUUUCUGCUCGUCUUUUCUCUGAAGUAAGCCUCAAAGUCAUCUCCUGAGAGAGAACCAGACCAGGGCUGGCCCAGGAGAGGGCUGAGGUCCCGAUUUCCACUGCAGUGGUAGGGUAGGUGCUGUGCCAUCUUUGCCAGCAUCCCCUGCCUGCUCCAGGGAAGAUGGGGUCACUGAGACCUGCUGUGAGGAAGUGCCUUUUACCUGAGACAUUCUGGACAGGACAGAGCUAAUGCACCCGGAACUUGCCUUUUUGGACCUGACUCCAGAAUCCUGGGGAUUUCCACGAGGGCAGUGACCACCCCCACCGAGAAUCCUAGGCUGCUGGGAGGUCCCAGGGAACACAGGCAAGUCACCGGCUGUGGCUCUCUCUGCCCCUGUCCCUUGGGGAGGAAGCUAGCAGCAGCCCGGGGUCCUGCGACGGGGGAACUCUGACUGCGGUUCCUGAAAAGUCCAUGACACAGUUCUUUUUUCUCUCUGACUUGCUCUCCUCCUCCCUCACGCUUGAAAGAAUGAACUGGACACUCCUAGAGCCUGCAGUCACCAUCCAGGGGAUUUUUUUCACCAUGAAGGGUAAUUCCUGUCCCUUCUCUGCUGUGACUCAGCUGUGACGUUGAACCACACAAGACAACAAGAAGAUAAAGUCAUCAGACUCCUCAUCAGAGAGGGUGGCCCGGCCAGAACUCACCUCUUCUCUCAGCACAGACUCCACGGGGCUGGUCCCUUCCCCAGAGGACCUCGGACAGGCCCCUCCCCUGGCCAGCGUGGGACCCUGAGAUGGCCUCUGGCUCAGCCAGCAGCCCCCGCCCGGCCCCUGAUGAGAACGAAUUCCCCUUUGGAUGCCCCCCCACCAUCUGCCAGAACCCAGCAGAGCCCAAGCCCCUCUGCUGCACCGUCUGUCUCCCCGAGAACAUGAGGAACGGGGAGGAUCAGAUCUGUCCCAAAUGCAAAGGCGACGACACUCCAUCUGAAAGCCCAGGAAGUCUUCUGUCUCAGGAGAAGGAUCACCCCGAGGAUGAGGCUGGAGUUGGAUGCCCUUUUGCCGGUGUUGGCUGCUCCUUCAAGGGGAGCCCAAAGUUCAUACAGGAGCAUGAGGUCACCUCCCAGGCCACCCACCUCAACCUGCUGCUGGGGUUCAUGAAACAGUGGAAGGCCCAGCUGGGCUCUGUCUCGGGGUCCGGGCCCAUGGCCCUGGAGCAGAAUCUGUCAGACCUGCAGCUGCAGGGGGCCGUGGAGGUGGCUGGGGACCUAGAGGUGGACUGCUACCGGGCCCCCUGCUCCGAGAGCCAGGAGGAACAGGCCCUGCAGCACUUCAUGAAAGAGAAGCUCCUGACAGAGCUGGAGGGGAAGCUGUGCGUGUUUGAGAAUAUUGUCGCCGUCCUCAACAAGGAGGUGGAGGCCUCCAACCUGGCCCUGGCUGCCUCCAUCCACCAGAGCCAGCUGGACCGAGAGCACAUCCAGAGCUUGGAACAGAGGGUGAUAGAGUUGCAGCAGACCCUGGCCCAGAAAGACCAGGCCCUGGGCAAGCUGGAGCAGAGCCUCCGCCUCCUGGAGGAGGCCUCCUUCGACGGCACCUUCCUGUGGAAGAUCACCAACGUCACCAGGCGGUGCCAUGAGUCGGCCUGCGGCAGGACCGUCAGCCUCUUCUCCCCAGCUUUCUACACUGCUAAGUAUGGGUACAAGCUGUGCCUGCGGCUCUACCUGAACGGGGACGGGACAGGCAAGAAGACCCACCUGUCACUCUUCAUCGUGAUCAUGAGAGGAGAGUACGAUGCUCUGUUGCCGUGGCCUUUCCGGAACAAGGUCACCUUCAUGCUGCUUGACCAGAACAACCGUGAGCAUGCCAUUGAUGCUUUCCGGCCCGACCUGACCUCAGCAUCCUUCCAGCGGCCCCAGAGUGAAACCAACGUGGCCAGUGGCUGCCCGCUCUUCUUCCCUCUCAACAAGCUGCAGUCCCCCAAGCAUGCCUACGUGAAGGAUGACACUAUGUUCCUCAAGUGCAUCGUGGAGACAAACGCUUAGGGUGGCCGGGCAGGGCAGAGCAAGCCACACUGGGGUCUCAAGGGAACCCCAGCUCAGACAGGGAUGCAGGGAGACAACUGAGGUCCUGCCCUUGGCGCCCGAGAUCCCAGGGCACAGUGAUUGGCCGGGGUUGGCAUGAUCUGAGCGGAUCUGGCAGAUUGACUGUGGCUGGCCAUCAACUGUGGCAGGACCUUGGGCCAGGCCCACAGGGGCACAGGGUCCAGAAGGAGGCAGUGCGGGAUUGCUCCCCCUGCAUUGACCACGCAAUGCUGGAGGCCCAGGGGCCACCCCGGCCCUGGAUGUUGAGGCGGACUCCAGCCAAGAUGAGAAGGACGUGGCUGGUGACCUGGAGAUGUGGGUCCUCACAAAGAAGCUCUGGGGAGGGGAAGGCCUCCGCAGGCCACUGUGGAGAGUGUGCUUGCUCUCUUCCUGCACAGGGUCAGAGCUGGGACCGGGAGGUGGAGGGGACAGGGUACCAGUGUGAAUUCAGUCUGUCCUGGCCUGGACUUAUUUCCCCACCACUGGAGGUGAGCAAGCAGAGCCAAAGGGUAUGUGUGGUGGAGGGCAUCAAACUUGGGGGGCUAAUUCGAAGGCCUUCAAGAUUCCUUCCAACCCAGAAAGUAUCUAGCUCUAGGUCUCCUGAGCCAGAUGAAGCCUAGGGCUGCAGAGUUCCAGGAACACUCAGGAGCCUUGUGUCCUCCAGUUCCUGACUCGCCUUCAGUGCCACCCAGUGGGCUAGGCUGGCCUGCACGGCACCUGCCACCUGGGGCCUGGCAGCUCUGCUUCCCCUCCAUGCAGAGCCACACACAGCCCUGCGUCCUGCGCUUCCCCCAGCCAAGCUCCCCUCCACCUCCUCCAAGUGAAACCAGGUCCCUGAGCUCCCAGGAGCAGCCAGGAGGAGCGUGGAGAAGGAGAGAGGCAUGAGCUCUCCACACUCCCUGCCUGGGGGCCUCACGCUUGCCAUUUCCAGAAUCCCAGGUCACCCAGUGAACCCAAGGUAACCGCAUCUCUAGUUGAUGGACCUCUGAGCCACCAGCAGAGGUUGUCCUUUUAUAUGUAUAAAACCAAAGGAAGAGUUUUUUUUAAAUCUCUUUUGCAGUUUUCAUAAAGGGUAUGGUUGUGGGCAUUGGUGGUAACUCGAGCUCUGGGUGGUGCGGCCAGUUUUGCAGGUGACAUCCAGGGUUGGUAUGCUGUCAGGAGUGGCCCUCUCUGCCUCGAUCCUCUGUCUGUAAUGGGGAACCCUCCUCCCUUGCUGGGUUCUGGGACCUCAAAGGAGAUGCUACACAGGAGGGGCUGGAGAGCGAAAGGCCCCGGCACCACUGCCCACCUGGCCUGGCCGCAGCCCACGCUUGUGUUCUCACCUUGGAGCCCCCUGCAGGGACCUCGCCUGACUUCCCAGAGCCCCUGAGACUUCACGUUGCUGCUCAGACCUCCAGGGCAGGUCCCCACUCCUCUCCCUACCAGCCUCCCCUGCCGCCUGUUCUUCCUCUACUCCCUGAGGCCGUGAUUGGCUUCACUCCUCACACCUUCAGGUUCUCAUCUGUGAAAUGGGUCAGCAGCCCUGCCGGUUCUCUCCAGCCCAGUGUUUGUGAGCAUGAUCCUCACAUAAAGGGGAGCAGCAUGACCCAGGGGGCUCAAGGUAUCAGGAAGCCCAGACCCAGGCUUUGUCCAGACCUGGUCUCCCGUCCCGCUUCAGCCUCUUCAUUUACAGACCCAGGAAACAUCCUUCCUGGCCCUGCUCAGCUCACAGGGUUCGGGGUUUUCACAAGGGCUGGAUAUGAUCCUGGAGCUGCUCUAGUGCUCUGUAGUGUGAUGGCACCUUGCCAUGUGUGAUAGGCUACAAUCGGUCAGGGCUUCUUUUUCUUGUCCCCGCUGCUGACAACCUGUCAUGGAGCUGACUUGCUUCCUUGAUGUGUGUAGAUAGGAAGGGAAGGCCUGGCCUAGCAAGUGAUAGGGACAUGUGUCUCAAAGCUGGUGUCUCGGCAAAAAGAAAAAUAGUCAUCCCUACUCACUGACCUAACAAGGGCUCUGUGGGACAACUCCACUAGGGACAACUGUCCCUCUAUACCUUUCAUAGGAAAAGUCACACACUCUCUUCAACCACUGUGAGUCGCUGCUGUUUUUUCUGCAAAGCUUCAUUGAGACCUUCUGUGCUGGACCCUAGGGGGUGGGGAAAGGUAAGGUGUGCAUCCUACACUCAGGAAACUCUUAGUUCAGUGGACAAGACAGGUGCAUAAGUAGAUCAUAGAAACUGGUACAUAAGAAACUCAGAGACAGCACAGGAACCCAGAUCCAUCGAGUGAAGCAGAGAGGGCUUUCUGGAAGAAGCAGCAUGUAAACUGGGCCUUAAAAUAUUUUGAGAUGCGGAGGAUGGGGUGUGGAGGAGAGUAAGGACCCAGAGAUGGGACACAGUCUUGGCUUCAGGUAGGGCCUGGGAGGCCGAACCCCGGAGGGGAAGGCAGGAAGGUAGAAUGGGCUGGAGCACAGAGACAUCAGGGUGGUGCCAGCUGCCUGAAAGGAGCAGCACUGAGCAGAGGAUUCCCAAGCCACCUGUGUGUGACCCUUCGGGCUGUUAUCAGCAGGAUGAGACAAUGAUUUGAAGCCUUUACUAAUUUAUCUUCCAUCGAAGCCCUAGGUUAAGCACACCAAACACCUGACAUCUCACCUCUUACAGGUGAUUCGAGGGGAGGGAAGGCAAGAAGCAGACAAAGCCACUGUUUCAUUGGAUCCUCACAACCUCCUGUCGGCAAGCAUGGUCUAAUCCCUUUUUAAAGACUGGGAAACUGAGGUGGGUGCAGAGGAGGCAGCUAGAAUUAGAAGCCAGAUCUUUUGCUUCUAGUUACUUCCCUUCUUUUAGGUUGAUGAGGAAUCUUCAGUUUCUUUUGUGUCUUCAGCCAAGAUGAGGUCACAUUUUCCCAGGAGGCCUUGGGAGGCAGUGGAUCCCUCUGUUCCCAGCCAGAGGGCCAGCCCAUGGAAAACACACACCACCCUGAUGGUGCCCGGGAGGGGUACGUGAGCCCAGCCAGCAGGGGGACAUUUGCUGUCACCCAGCAGCUCAUAAGCCACCUUGGUGGUGUCCACAGGUGAUCCUCGGACCAAGACUACCCUGAGCCAUAGGGACAACUAUUAUUUAUGCCUUUAGUUGUUCAUUUCUGAUUGUAAGAGACACAUACUUGAGGUAGAAAAAUUGGGAAACUGCAAAUGUAUGGAAGGAAGAAAAAAAAUCACUCAUGAGCCUUGUGUCUAGAGUGCUCCAAGGAACAUUUCACUAAAUUUUCUUUGUCUUUUUGAAACAGUAGAUACGAACAUAUAAACAUACAACCACUUUUUAAAAUGGUUACAUCUAAGUCACAUUAA